AUGAUCGAGAAAAAACUUGGAAUAUUGGUUCUCCUACGGAAAGCGCGAUUCAGGAGAAUUGGACGGCCACAUUCUGACUUACAUCCCUGUCCAGUCGAACUAAAUAUCAGUGCCCAUGGACAGCAAUGGUAUUGUGUAAAAUAUCGUCUGGCGAGGUGGCCCAAGUGGUUACAGCGCGAAUUGACUAACCGGAAGGUCCGUGGUUCGAACCCACCCGCUGCCUCUCGACUUCCCCUGUCUAGGCUUGGGCAACCUGGCAGUAUCCCAGCCCUCUACACUAAUGAUCAUAGCAAAGACAAAAAUCUCUGCGAAGGUCAACUUUUAAGACCAACCAGAGCGUUGAAACGUAGACGGAUUACGCCGUUUAGCAUUGGUCCUCUUCAAGUGAGAUUCUGUCCUGUGAGUGAAGCCAAUGUAUGCCUGAAAGCUGAGAAUCACUGUACAGUUGCUUCAUCCAUUUUGGGAAUCAUCAGCACUAAACUCCAGGAAAUUCCAAACCACAUGCUUGCGGAUGAACCGAUUGUGGUAGUAGACAAAUUUGUUUACCUGGGCAGCUGUAUCAGUCCCGGUGGUCUCGCGAAAGAUGAAAUUUCCAUCCUGAUUGGGAAGGCCAGAGCAGCUUUUGCGAACCUACGUCACCUGUGGCGUAGGCGUGACAUCAGCUUCUCUGUCAAGGGUCGAGUUUACAAUGCUGCGGUUACGCUGGCUUGGCCACGUACCGCGUGUGUCAGUCGACCGACUUCCUCGGAGGACUCUUUUUGCACAUCCACAGUGGAGGAGAGCCAGAGGCGGUCAAAAAACGACUUGGAAGCGAAAUACAGAAGCCACUACCAGCAAACUCAGCUGCGCUGGUCAUUGCCGUCUUCAUGGAUAGGGACCAUGAGACGGGCCAUAUCAGUGGUUAGAGACAUCGUCAGGCAUGGCCCAGUCGCGUCCUCAGUGGCGCUCGUGCAUCCACGCUAUUGCUUUCAAUGCAUAGCUCCUUUUCCAACCCCAACCCCCACUUGA